AUGUCACGAAACGGCCAAGGCCAUAUCUUCUGCUGCUGCGCGAUCCCCCUACUCAACACGGGCAUCUACCUCGCCCUGCUCGAGCAGCUCUCAGCAGGAAUCCUCAUCGGCACGCUUAUACUAGCAGCACCACCCAUCGUAGGCGUCUCCAUCCCCAGCAUCACAGCCUACAUCCAAGCCGGCCUGCUAUACGCCGUCUCCCUCUGUCAAGUCCUAGGGUUCUUCGGCGUCGCCCGAGAGAGCACAAAACUCUUCCGCACCUAUACGUACCUCAACACCCUCCUCGUCCUCUCUUGCUUCGCACUCGCAGCCGCACUCAUAGGGAUAAGCGCCUCGCGGCACAAUACUGUUGUGAGCGCGUGCGAGGCUGCUUUCUUUCCCGAUACGACACAGAGCUCGGGAUUGGGCGCGGGGGCGCUGGAUGGAGAGGGGCAGAGCGUGUGUAAUAUUUUCGCUUGGGUGGAUAUUGGCCUUUUAGGAGGGUUGUGGCUCUUACUUGCUAUCUUCCAGGGCUACCUCCUGCUCAUAAACUCCUUUUACGCACGAGACCAACUCGCGGACCACAAACGAUACAACUCUGUCUACUCCCCGACGGACGACAUCCUCCUCUCCUCGCACGGGGCGUGGGAUACCCGUGGCUCGCUAGAAGAGUCGCGUGACCUGCUGUCCGACGGCACUGGCGCUGGCGCAGGCGUAGGAGCCGGGAACGCAGGUCUUGGCGCAGGGGCGCAGUACUCCGACUUCCAGGGUCAUGUGAGGACCUUGAGCGAAACGAGUACCAUUAGAGGGGAACCGUUUGUCCCUCCUACUAGUCCGCCGAGGGGCGGGUUUGGAGCGGGGUAUGGGGAGGGGUAUGGGGAGGGGAUGCCGUAUCCUACUAUGUCGGGGGGGAUUGGACAGCCGGAGCAGGAGGAGCAGGGGUAUGAGCAGGGGUAUGAGCAGGGGUAUGAGCAGGGGCAGCAGGGGCAGCGGGGGCCGGAGGUGCUGGAGAAGUUCCGCAGGCAGUAG